AUGGAGGAACAUCUUUUUCGUUUGAGAGAAAUGAAUCCUCGACUAAUUUCACUUUAUGAAAUUGGCAGAACACACGAAAAUCGUUCUAUUGUUACAGCUAAAAUAAUGCCUGAUGAAAGUUGGCGUCCAUUCAGAGGACCAGCUAUUUGGAUAGAUGCUGGGGUACAUGCUAGGGAGUGGAUUGCACCUGCUACAGCAAUGAUUUUAAUAGCAGCAUUAGUAAAUGGAUAUAAUUCUGAAGAUGUGGGUGUACGCCAUUUAGUUGAACAUAUAGAUUGGUAUAUUACACCUAAUAGAAUGUGGAGGAAAAAUAGAAGACCAGCAUUUUGUAAACAACAAUAUUUUAAUAGAAUUUGUUGUUCUGGUGUUGAUUUAAAUAGAAAUUUUGAUUGGUUUUGGUCAAUAACUGGUUCAAGUGCUGAUCCUUGCCAUGAAACUUACCACGGGCCUUCAGCGUUCAGCGAACCUGAAAAAUCUGUCAGAGAUUUUCUUCAAGUACAUCCUGUGAAGGCAUUCAUUUCUUUACAUUCCUACUCCCAACUUUGGCUUUUACCCUAUGGACAUAAAAAACGAAAUUACCCAGAAGAUUUUCAUACUGUUCAGGCUAGUUUUUAA